GUGGUUCUGACGCUUUUGAUCCGGACCGGAUCACGGAGUAAAGCUGAACUGCUGACAGACAGAGAGCCAUUCAUUCAUUCAUUCAGCGAGGAAUUCACAGCACGCUGAACAUGAACACCGAAAAGCAGAAAACAUUGACAUGCAGACAUGAAGGAGGAGCAGAAAACUCCAGCAAUAUUUGAUGCCAUAUUCUGAAAGCUGUCGGUGACAGAUCUGCUAGACGGACACUAUGACGGCCGUGAACGCUCCACGAGACAGGUACAAUGCCGUAUGGAUCAUUUUCUUCAUUCUGGGCCUGGGAACUCUUCUGCCUUGGAAUUUCUUCAUGACUGCUACUUUGUACUUUACCAAGCGUCUGGAGGAAACCAAUGGAGGGCUCAAUCAGACAGCUAAUACGACGGAGAUCCGAAGCGUCCUUCAGUCCAAGUUCAACAAUGUGAUGACGCUUUGCGCAAUGGUCCCGCUGCUCAUUUUCACCUGCCUCAACUCCUUCAUCCACCAGAGGAUUCCUCAGAAGUUGAGGAUCUCCGGCAGUCUGUCUGUCAUCUUGGUGGUGUUUCUCAUCACGGCGGUGUUGGUGAAGGUGGAGAUGGAGCCCCUGCCGUUCUUCACGCUCACUAUGAUCAAAAUCAUCUGCAUCAACUCGUUCGGGGCGAUUCUGCAGGGCAGUCUGUUUGGUUUGGCAGGAAUGCUGCCGGCGUCCUACACUACACCCAUCAUGAGCGGACAGGGCCUGGCUGGAGCGUUUGCAGCCUUCUCCAUGAUCUGUGCUAUUGCCUCGGGUUCAGAGUUGGAAGACAGCGCUUUCGGCUACUUCAUCACGGCCUGUGUGGUCAUUCUGCUGGCCAUCGUCUCUUACCUCGCUCUGCCCAGAAUGGAGUUUUUCCAGUAUUUCUCUGAGAGCAACAGGUCUCGAUCCAGCACAGAUGAGGAAAACAAAAUGGAUUUAUUGAAACCAGAAGGUCAGGCGGAGAAGAGACCGGUCCUGAGCCUGACUGAGGAAGAAUCCAAACCCACCGUCUCAGUGUUCGCCAUCUUUAAACAGAUCUGGGUUAUGGCUCUCUCUGUUUGCUUUGUGUUCAUCAUCACCAUCGGCAUUUUCCCAGCAGUCACUGUUGAAGUCCAGUCUACCAUUCCUGACAGAGGCGCAUGGGAGAAGUACUUCAUCCCGGUGUCCUGCUUCCUGCUGUUUAAUGUGAUGGACUGGGUGGGCAGGAGUCUGACUGCUGUCUGUAUGUGGCCUGGUAAAGACAGUAUCUGGCUGCCCAUCCUGGUGAUUGCGCGUGUGGUCUUCGUUCCUCUCUUCAUCCUCUGUAAUGUUCAGCCCAGAAGUUUCCUGCCGGUGGUGUUUUCUCAUGACGCCUGGUACAUCAUCUUCAUGAUCUUCUUCUCCUUCAGCAACGGAUACCUGGCCAGUCUCUGCAUGUGCUUCGGGCCAAAGAAAGUGUCCCAGCAUGAAGCCGAAACCGCAGGAGCCAUCAUGGCCUUUUUCCUCUCUCUGGGCUUGGCUGUGGGAGCCGCGUUAUCCUUCGGUUUCCGGAACAUGAUCUAGAACCGUGGCCUAGUUCUCAGUGUGACGAUGAAGAGGAGGAACUUUGAAUCCCAGUGCACACUAAGCCAGAGAGAGUGUUCAUACUGCACAUUUAUGCAUAACAUCAUUCACAUGUUUGUCCCUCUUGAGGCAGACAAGAGAGACUCCAGAAUAACAAUCAUCAUCUGCUAAAAACAAGCCAAAAUUUAUCUCCAUUUCUUUUUUUUAUGUCCUUUUUUUGUAUAUGGUUCCAAAUUGCCAAUUCAGUAUUUAGCAAUAAUGUAUAGCUUAGGUUAACCCCUUUGAGUUUUAGUUCUUUUUUAAAUGUUUGUAUAGGUAUUAACGGUUUUAUUUGUUUCAUUUUAGACAUGCAGCUAUUAGGGCAGCAGUAGGUCACUGCGAAAAUUAGUUCAGGAGUAUUUACAGUACUUUCAGUUAUGAAUAUAAAACAGUUCUUAAAUUAAGAUGCAUUUACUUGUUUUCUGAAAAUAUUAGUGUUUGCGCUAACAGUUUACUUGAAGGGGUGUUUGCAAGACUGUUAUUAAUGGUCCUAUGAAAGUAUUUUAGAUGUUAAGAUUUCUAUAAGAUAGUGUUGCUCCAAAACAGUCACAUAAUUUGCGUUUAGGAGAUAUAAAACUGAUAUAAACAUGUACAGCUUGUAGUUUGUCACUUCCACAUAUAUGGAGCAACGAUUUUUUUUUUCAUGUCACCUCAUGCUUAAGUUUCUCAUCAAAUCUUGACCAAUGAAAAAACUCCCUAGUUUCUGACAAGCCCCGCCCCCUUCAUGGCGCUUUUCAUUUGAUGCACUUGAGCUCAGUCUCUCUCAUUGGCAGAGCAGUGAUGAAACGAAACACUAUUGGCUGCUUUUAUCUAAAGGGGAGGAGCUACCCUCUCCGUGUUUUUGUUGAGAUUACAUCAAAUGAAACACUUCACGGGACCUUUAAACAUUUAUAAUCAUGAUAUGACGCGUCAAGAAUGUGAAUGAGAAUGCUUAUGACAAGUAUUAAGUGUCCUUUGCUCAAUUGUCAUUUUUUUAUGACAACUUGACAUAAAUACAGCACAGCCAGCCUUCAUUUUUGUCUUGACAACUUGACGUGACCUAGACAUAAUAACUUGUCAUAAAUCUGUCAUUAACAUGAUUGUCCUGAAGCUAUUAUAGAUGCAUUUUGAAUAUUUUUCUAUAUAUUUCAUGUUUUCUAUGUCACUGUAUUGUUUUCAUUAAAAGCGUCAUUAAUAUUAGUUUCAUUAAAAGCGUCUGUUAUAUUUUUUAACAGCAUCAUUAAUAUUUAAGGACAUUUUAAUGACAUUUAGCUUGUACCACUAUAGUUGAGGUCAAAAUAAAUAUUCAUGACACAUUAUGGAUUCAAGACAAUCAUGUUUAUGACAGAUUUAUGACAUGUAAUGUUUUCUUGGUAAUGUCAAGUUGUCAUGACAGGCAAAAACAGGUUGUGAAGUAUUCAUGUCAAGCGAUGUUAUCUUUGCAUUUAAAAUGUCAUAAGCUAAUGACACUUAAUACCAAUUAUAAACGUGCACAUUCAGAUUCUUGACACGUGUCAUGUCAUGAUUAUAAAGGUUAAAUGACUCUCUUAUGAACACCCUUUUAAGUAAAAUGUUAGCAUUUAUGUCAACUUGGUCAGAAAUAGUCUGACUAGACCCAGAGCCUGUUGACAUAUCUUUUGAUUUCUGUCAUGACAGCGCUGGGAGAGAUUGAGUAUGGUAUAUAAAUAUGUACAUGGCAUUGUUAAUAUGUUUGGUCUUGGGAGAAUAGUUCUGCUUUAAACAUAAACAAUUCAUUUUGAAAGUUUUUUUCAGAAACAUAUUCAGAAAAUGUGUUUUGAUUUGAAAAUGUUUGGAUAUUUGGGUUACACUUUACAUAGAGCUAGUAUUAGUUAAAGCAUAGGUGUCAAAGUCAAUUCCUGGAGGGCCGCGGCUCUGCACAGUUUUGCUCCAAACGAGUCAUAAACACCUUCAUUAGUUUGAUCAGCUGUGUUUGAUUAGGGUUUGAGCAAAACUGCAGAGCUGCGGCCCUCCAGCAGUUGACUGACGCUUAUGAGUAAAUGUAUUUAUUAACAUGAACUAAAUUCAUUACAGUAUUUGUUAAUGAUGCACUGAUACCAGUAUCGGGUUGAAACUUGGUUUUAAUACUCGUAUCGUACAUGAAAUGCCAAAAACACGCACCGAUACCACUCAACUACGUGGAACUACCUGACUUCAAUGUAUUAAUGAAUCUAUUAUAUAUUAAUAGCUUAGUCAUUAUAAACAAUCCGUUAAUAAAAUACAUUAUUAACAAAUAAUCUGUCAAAAAGAUCUGUCCAUGCUUAAUGAUAAUAAGCUUAAUAAGGUCUAUUGAUUUACAGGGUUAUCAACAAUGCGUGUAUAUAUUUGACUUGGAAUAGCCCUCUGUUAAAGAUUUUGUUCAUCCUUGCUACAGGCAAAAAAUAAAACCUCCUUUCAAAUUAAUUGCACUUUCAUUAAUACCAAGUAAGAAGUAUCGGAAUCAUUUCUCGAUUUCAGCGAUUACACCAAUUAAAAUACUCCUACUGGUAUCGGUUCAUCCCUUGUAUUUAUUCAUCUUUGUUAACAUUAAUUAAUGAGGGGGAAAAAAAUCUAUAUUAGUUCUUGUUAACUCAGUGCAUUAACUAAUGUUAACUAGCAUGAAUUUGAAUGUUAAUAAUGCAUUGAUAAAUGUUCAACUCGGAUUAUUAAAUGCUAUAUAAGUAGUGUUUAUUAUUUGUUCAUUUUAGUAAGUACAGGGUGGGCCAUUUAUAUAGAUACACCUUCAUAAAAUGGGAAUGGUUGGGGAAAUUAACGUCUUGUUUCUGGUACAUUAGUAUAUGUGAGGGGGCAAACUUUCAAGAUGUGUGGUGACCAUUGUGGCCAUUUUCAGGUUGGCCAUCUUGGAUGGUGUGAAGAUAGAAGAUGUGCAGCACCUGAAACUAGGGAUUCUGGUAGCCUGUGCUGGCAUUUCUCCUGCGGUGUUGCUAUCAGUGGGAGAAGAGGCUUUGACAAUCCAACACAAUGGGCAGCACAUUGAACACAUUUUAUAAGUUGUCAGAAACUUGUAAAUAACUCAUGAAAGAAUACAGUUACAUUAAAACCAAGCACACCAUUGUUUUUCUUGUGAAAUUCCCAAUAAGUUUUAUGCGUCACAUGACCCUCUUCCUAUUGAAAAAACAAAAGUUGAAUCCAAGAUGGCCGACUUCAAAAUGGCCACCAUGAUCAUCACCCAUGUUGAAAAGUUUUUCCCCUCACAUAUACUAAUGUGCCACAAACAAGACGUUAAUAUCUCCAACCAUUCCCAUUUUAUUAAGGUGUAUAUAAAUGGCCCACCCUGUAUAUUAACCAACAUUAAUGGAAUCUUAGAGUAAAGUGUGACUUAUAUUUGUACUGAAAAACAAGACAUUAGUUUGCAGUGGCUCUAGAGAAAUUGUACUGUAUAACAUCAUUAAAGGGCCCCAAUUACUAAUGGCAUUUUGAAUGUUAAAAUCAGUUCAGAUGUCUGCUGUUCAUGUUGUUCGCUGCAUGUGUUGGAUUUAAUCAUGUUUUAAGUAGUAUCUGGCCUGAGUGCACUGAAUGAAGGUUUAUCAUUUUAAAUGAAAUCAAACGUGAAGGCCUAAAAAUGUUACAUUGACAUUAUUAUUAUUAUUUAUACAAUUGUUUUAUAUCAGCUUUUUGUAUGACAUGUAUUUUAAUGCAGCCUGUAUGAUUCUAACACCAUGUACGUGCACAACUUGCUUUGGUGCCUUUUGAAUGAAUUUUCUUUUUCAAAAAACUGACAGAACUGAAAUGUGUGGAGUUGAAGGGCUGGAAAUAAACAUGUUUCUGUUUGUA